CACACGGCACAAGUCCAUGAAAAAAGACUUGUUCGUGGUGGCACAGACUGUUGGUAGCGUCGUAGCGUGAGGCAUCGACGUUCUACAUAGAAAAGAUGGCAUUUGACUCUUUUGCUACGGCUCCACGUGAUUGAAAUUAUGAUGCUUUUAUACACAAAGUGAUCAACAAUGAAUUGAAGUCCUAAAUUUGUAAGGUCUCAUCCCAGACAUGAGUUAACAAUGUGGUUUUGGGCUUUUGGCUACCAGGUAACUUUUGGACUAGGUCGGGUCUCGGGUGGUCCAAGUUUGCUGUUCUAAUGUAGUCUUGUCAGGCAAUGUGAAGAAAAAGAUCACAAUGUUGACCACCAAUUUACGAGCUUUUUAAUACUGACUCCUGUGACUUCUAUUGAGGGAUUCCCUGACUGACCAUAGCCAUAGAUGACAUUAUACAUAAGGUUGCUGGAUUGGUGACACUGAAUGUUGACAAUUAUGAUUCAGUAAAAUGAAUGCCAAAAUAUUUCAACUGUUUGUCUUGGUUACUUCUAAUAAAACCUUGUUGAGCUUCGCUGCUUCUAUUUACUAUUUCUUAACAAUUUCAGUCUUGUCUAGUGCUUUUAAAGUUUAGUUGAACCCCUUAUUUGUGGUACCAAGUUUCCAUAGUUCUUUCUUUCAUUGUGCAAAGGUUUCUUCAAUGCUAAGAUCGCCUACACAUCUAUUUUAAGACUUGCUGACAGUCUACUCUUGCAAUUUUGGAUAUUUUCAUUUGUAUUGAAUAAUUUGAUUGCUUCGUGAGUAGAGAUCAUCUUCACUUGUCGUUUCCGUGUUGGUUGAUUAUCAUUGCGGCAAAUUACGCUAUUUCUUCCGGGGGCCAUGAUCUACUUUGGUUGUGGAUAGUCUAUUUAAAUAAGAGCGAUGCGAAGAAUUCAGAAGAGCUACUGGUAAAUGAUAGUACAAAUUAGGUGAUUUGUUGCGUACUGUAAGUUCGAAUGUAGAAUUCAGAUAUUAAUGAAAUAGUGGGGGAUUUUAAAAUUUAAAAAAGAAAUAAAGCACAUUCGGCGUUAAAAUCAAAUAAUCGCUUAUCAAAGGGCAAUAUUUCGAUUACCGGAAAAAUAAUUAAUCAGCGAUACCAAAAGUUUGGCAGCCAGCACGUAUGAAGCUUUAUUACUUAUUUUAGACCGUUAGAAAAGAAUGUAGAAACUAUGAUUAUUCUAUUACAAGUCAAUCAAGUAACCUCUGGAACCCAUUAGCAAAUUAGACUCGUAGUAUUCUGUUUUAUGUAAACUGUAGAUAUUUCCAUGGUUACACCUAUAAUACGGUAUAAACACGUUAACACUCAAUACAAGUGCUUCAAUGUUCCUUUGACUAUUGGCUCUAUUGUCCGCAUUUUCUGUUUAGUGCGAAUAUUGAAUAUAGGACAUUCAGUUUCUUUAAUUUCAUCAUGUCGGUAUUCGAACAAUUACGUCCGUUUGUCGGUCUCUGCCAGGCGUGCGGAAUGAUUCCUUACACGAUAGAAAACAAUUUAAUUACAAACAAAUUUUCAAGAUUCACCUUCUCUUUGAAACAUCGCACCACUUGGUGGUUCACAUGUAAUUUAGCUUUUCAAUUCGUAAGUAUUUGCCUCGCGAGCUACUUCUCAGAAAAUGGACCGGACAAUUUAUCUACCGAUCGAAGUCUACCCAUCACCGUCAAUGUUCUGUUUGCGGUAAACUCAUCUGGAACAUUUAUUCAAUUGUUAUUGUCUCGCUGGAUCGUGAUGCGCUACCGUCGGCUGCGAGUUGUUGUCGAAGCCGUGCAAGAAGUCGAGAGGCUUUUGGGAGAGAAAUUCCUGGCGCAGCACAAGAGUUCGCUUACGACACGAUUUUUUAUCGGCUUUAUUAUAAUCCUCACAGUGACUACAGGCAGUACGAUCGUGGUGAUGCCUCUUGUGCCGUCCGUCUUACCAGAGAAUCCGUCCGCAGUGUUGGUAGCAGUUAUAUUAUUCCUGAUGGCGCUAAUGGCCAUACUGAUUGAAUGCACACCUUUUUUUAUACAUCUGUGUUAUUACAUAAUAUCGCACUACAUGAAAAUGAUUUUAUUGCAUUCUGAAACGGAUCGUGCUGAUGCUGAAGAUCAACUACAUUUGAUCGGGAUGGAGAAUUUAAAAAUCUUGAGACGCAACGCACUGAUAUUUGACCACCUCUGUCAUGCUUCAUCAGAAUUGAAUCACAUUUUCUCCGUUCCUGUCUUCAUUUUACUGACAAUGAAAUUUGUCUCGGUCAUCAGCACAGCCUUUUUCUCCAUUUAUUAUUUUGUUCAUAGAACCGAUGUGUUGGAAAAUUAUAGUUUAAUGUUUCCUUUCCUCUUCUUCACGGAAGGGGCUAAAAUAUUAGUUCUACUCUCUGCUGCAGACAUGCCCGUUAAUCAGGUCCGUCUUCUUCGUGAACGAUUAACUAGAAUGUCACAUUCCAGAUUUUACCGGAGGUUGGCUGAAAAAAUUGCGGUGAUGACUGUCUUGAUGCAAAUUGAUAAAGGACGGGUCCGCUUGUCGGCUGCUGGGCUGUUCGACGUUGGGGUCCAUCUCAUUCCAGCAUUGACAGGCGCUGUAGUGACUUAUAUGGUAAUUCUUCUUCAAAAUUAAUCAACGCACUUAUUUAACUAUUUUGUUGGUAAAAACCGGGGUUUUUUGAGCGAUUUAAUAAACGUCUACCACAGACAAUAGGCUAC